CAGUGCGAGGAGCUGAUGGCCCGAGGGAUUAACGCCGAGGGUUGUCGUGAGGGUAUACAGUGGGCGAUUAAGAAUAUGCCCGCUACGCAGCCCGUUGACCCUGCAGAGCCACAAAACCUACAUCCCGACGUAUUAUGGCGAAUACAGUAUCUGAAAUAUAUGUACUGCGACACUUCCAACAUCCCCGACGAAGAACUGGCAAACAUCCACGCUAUUCUCGAAGCCUAUCGCACUGGGAAACUCUACGUCGACACAGAAAAAGUGACGGUCUGGUUUGGAGGUAAUAUGGUCAUGGGGCCUAUUUCGAGGCGGGAUUUGGAGUUUGAGGACGUGAUUGUGUCGGUGGAGGAGUGGAGGGAAAGGCUUGGGCCAGGGAUGGUUUGGGUUGAGAAGGUAUGUCGCUCGCGGUCCGUGAUUCAAGAUGCUAGGGCCUUAUACUGGUACAAAUUGAAACAUCUCCCAUCAAGACUUGAUCGGAGACUAGAUCUACUUCGUUAUAUUAAGAAUGCGACGUGGGAAUGGCAUAAACUUUGCUUGAACCUUGCGGCGGUAAAUGCAGCAAACCUGGUUUCGCAAUCUGUUAGCCGAUAGAAGCACGGUUCAGUUCUUGGGCUUAGGGCCACCAGUCAAAUCCUGGAGAACUCGGUACAACUGAUUACAAAGUGAUGACUGGCUAGGUCCUUCUGCGAAGGUUGAGGAA